AUGGCAACGCUAUCGAAAAUCAUCACUUCGAUCGACGUGGAGAUCCACGGCGCUGUUUACCAUGUCCGCAGCGAGCACGACCGCGAGUACAUGCAAAAACUAGCAGAUCUCGUCAAUCGCAAGAUGCGGGAGAUCGCCGAACAAGUGAGUACCGUCGAUUCCGGUAAGAUCGCUGUUCUGGCGGCCCUAAAUCUCGCCGACGAGCUGUUCGAGCGUACGCAGCAGCAAGAAGGGGAACGGGUCCAGAUCAUGGAGAAAGUGGCCGAGCUGAGCGGCGAGCUCGACGAAGCGGAGUCUUCACCCGUUGGCCCGUGCCAGCCUCGCUUGAACGAGGACGCUGAAGGCCCGCGGCGCGGACACCCACCUGGUUGGAGCUCGGGGGUGAACGAAGUGACCAACCCGAUCCUCUGGGUCUUGAUCGGCCUGCUGGCGAUCGCGAUCGCAGUACAGCUGUACUUUCUGUGGAUACGGCGGUCUGCCCGGCACCAGAUCGAGGCCGCUCAGCAGGAAGCACAGAAGGUCGUCGAGGAGGCCCGCCGCGACAGCGAGGCUCGGCUCCGCGAAGGCGAGCUGGCUGCCAAAGAGAAGCUGCUACAAGCCCGCAACGAAUUCGAAAAGGUCUCUCGCCACCGACGCAGCGAGCUCGAAAAGCUCGAGCAUCGCCUGACCCAGAAAGAAGACUCGGUCGACAAGCGCCACCAGGAAGUCACCCGCCGCGAGCAGACCACGACCGAGCUCGAGCGCCAGCUGGCAACGCAAGAGAAGCGAGUCGACCGCUCCCAGACCGAGCUCAAUCAGCUGAUCCAGGAAGAGCGCCACAAGCUCGAGCAGAUCGCCGGCCUGACCGCCACCCAAGCCAAGGAAGACCUCAUCCGGGUGCUCGAGACCGAGGCCCGCAACGACGCCGCCCAUCUGGUCAAGCGGAUCGAAGACGAAGCCCGCGAGCAAGCCAACAAACAGGCUCAGCGGAUUCUCGCCAACGCCAUCCAGCGCAAUGCCUCGGACUUCGUCGCCGAAACCACCGUGUCAGUGGUGCUGCUGCCCAGCGACGAGAUGAAGGGCCGCAUCAUUGGCCGCGAGGGCCGCAACAUCCGCGCCCUGGAGAUGGCCACCGGCGUCGACCUGAUUGUCGACGACACCCCGGAAGCGGUCAUCCUGUCGGGCUUCGAUCCCUUUCGCCGCGAGAUCGCUAGGGCGGCGCUCGAGCGCCUGAUCAGCGACGGCCGGAUCCACCCGGCGCGGAUCGAAGAGGUGGUCGAGAAGGUCAAAGCCGAGUUCGAGACCCGAGUCCAGCAAGAGGGCGAAGCGGCCUUGCUGGAGCUCAACCUGGCCGACAUCCACCCCGAACUGGUCAAGCUGCUCGGCCGGCUGCGGUUCCGAACCAGCUACGGCCAGAACGUGCUCAAACACUCGAAGGAAGUCGCCUACCUGGCGGCCACCAUGGCCUCAGAGCUGCGGGUCGACGUCCACACCGCCAAGCGCGCCGGUCUGUUGCACGACAUCGGCAAGGCGGUCGAUCGUGAGAUGGAGGGCUCUCACCUGCACCUUGGUAUCGACCUGCUGCGCAAGUACGGCGAGACCGAGGCAGUGGUCCAUGCCAUGGCCUGCCACCACGGCGACUUCGAUCCCGAGACCGUCGAGGCGGUGCUGGUCACCGCGUCCGACGCCCUCUCCGCUGCCCGCCCGGGGGCGCGCCGCGAGGUGCUCGAGAGCUACAUCAAGCGGCUCGAGAAACUCGAAGAGAUCGCCCGUGACUUCAAGGGCGUGCAAAAGACCUUUGCCAUCCAAGCCGGCCGCGAGAUCCGGGUGAUCGUCGACUCCAGUAAGCUUUCCGACGAAGCCUCGCUAUGGCUGUCAAAAGACAUCGCCAAGCGAAUCGAGAACGAGCUCACCUAUCCCGGCGAGAUCAAAGUGACGGUGAUCCGCGAAACCCGCGCUAUCGAGCACGCUCGAUGA